CCUUAGUGAUGUUAAUGAUGACAGAUAUUAACGAAUGCGAAAGGGAACCGUGCAAGAAUGGGGGAAUUUGCACAGAUCUGGUUGCCAACUAUUCCUGCGACUGCCCAGGGGAGUACAUGGGCAGGAACUGUCAAUACAGAUGCUCUGGACCUCUCGGUAUGGAGGGCGGUAUAAUCUCCAACCAACAGAUAACAGCCUCUUCCACCCACCGCGCUCUCUUCGGCUUGCAGAAGUGGUACCCGUACUUUUCUCGCCUCAACAAGAAAGGACUGGUGAAUGCCUGGACGGCUGCCGAAAAUGACAGAUGGCCAUGGAUCCAGAUAAACCUGCAGAGGAGAAUGAGGGUCACAGGCCUUAUUACCCAGGGUGCAAAGCGUAUCGGAAGCGCAGAGUACGUCAAGUCUUACAAAGUAGCCUACAGUGAUGAUGGGAAGAGCUGGAGAACAUACAAAGUCAAGGGCAAAGAUGAUGAUAUGAUUUUCAGAGGAAAUGUCGAUAACACCGCUCCAUCAGCCAACUCCUUCACCCCUCCCAUUGAAGCCCAGUACGUGCGCAUUUACCCCCAAGUCUGCAGGAGGCACUGCACCCUUCGCAUGGAGCUGCUGGGUUGUGAGCUAACAGGCUGCUCUGAACCACUUGGUCUGAAGUCAGGUCAUGUCCAGGACUACCAAGUCACGGCCUCCAGCAUCUUCAGGACGCUCAACAUGGACAUGUUCACCUGGGAGCCUGGCAAGGCCCGGUUGGACAAACAGGGCAAGGUCAAUGCUUGGACAGCUGGACACAGUGACCAAUCACAGUGGCUACAGGUAAGAAGAUAUCUGUAG